GCGAGUCUGUGGUGGGAAGCGAAGGGGCGAGCGCGAUCCCCUGAGCUGUGUGAUCGCCGUCACCAUGGACCGCCCGGAUGAGGAGCCUCCAGCCAAGACCUGCCGCCUGAGCAGCCCCGAGCUCCCUCAGCGCGACCUGCCGCCGCCGCUCCUGCGGCUGCCUCUGCCUCCACCUCAGCAGCGCCCGAGGCUCCAGGAGGAAACCGAGGCGGCACAGGUGCUGGCUGACAUGAGCGGGGGGAGACUGGGCCCCGCUCUGCCCCCGCCGCCACCCUAUGUCAUUCUGGAGGAGGGGGGGAUCCGCGCGUACUUCACCCUGGGUGCUGGGGGUCCCGGCUGGGAGCCUGCGAUCGAGUCGGGGUACGGGGGGGCGCCCCCUCCCACGGGAAGCCUGGAAACACUCCCUACUUCCGAGGUUUCUGGGGGAAGCCUGGAAAUCGGCUUUCAGGUUACCGGGCCCAGCAGCCUUGCUGGGGAGAAGGCCCGAGAAACCUGUAGCGCAGGGGGGCAGCGGUCCCAGAGGUUAGCUGGUCCAAAGAGGAAGGAGGAGGCUGUCAUCAUAGUGGAAGAAGAGGAUGAGGAUGAAAAGGGAGGUGAGAAGAAGAGGAAGAGGAGGAGGAGGAAGCAGAAGAAGGUGAAGAAGGAAAGCAAAGAGAGGAAUGCCGAGAGGAUGGAGUACAUCCUGCAGGCACUGGAGAGUAUUCAACUGGACUUGGAGGCGGUGAACAUCAAGGCAGGCAAGGCCUUCCUCCGUCUCAAGCGCAAAUUCAUCCAGAUGCGAAGACCCUUCCUGGAGCGCAGAGACCUCAUCAUCCAGCAUAUCCCAGGCUUCUGGGUCAACGCAUUCCUCAACCACCCCAAAAUUUCAAUCUUGAUCAACCAACGUGAUGAAGACAUUUUUCGCUACUUGACCAAUCUGCAGGUGCAGGAUCUCAGACAUGUCUCCAUGGGCUACAAAAUGAAGCUGUACUUCCAGACAAACCCCUACUUCACAAACAUGGUGAUUGUCAAGGAGUUCCAGCGUAACCGCUCAGGCCGGCUGGUGUCUCACUCCACCCCAAUCCGCUGGCACCGGGGCCAGGAACCCCAGGCCCACAGGCACAGGAACCAGAACACUAGCCACAGCUUCUUCAACUGGUUCUCAAACCAUAGCCUCCCAGAGGCCGACAGGAUUGCUGAGAUUAUCAAGAAUGACCUGUGGGUUAAUCCUCUACGCUACUACAUGAUGGGAGAAGGGGGCUACAGGGCGAACAGAAAGAAGCAAGAGGAGGAAAGCCUCAGGCUCCCCUACAGUAAUACCAAGGAUGAAUGUGAGGUGAUGAUCCUGGAAGAUUCUGAUGACUAUCAAGCAGUGAAAGACAUUAUCAACGAGACCUCAGACAGUGAUGCAACAUCCGACAAUGAAACCAUUUAUGACAUCAAGGUCUCUGACUUCAUGGAGACGACCGACUACUUCGAGACUACUGACAAUGAGAUAACUGACAUCAGUGAGAGUCUCUGUGACAGUGAGAGCCCUGAUCACAACAAGAGCCCUAACGAUGAGACCACUGAUAACAAUGAGAGCGCUGAUGACAAUGAGACCACUAACAACGAGAGUGCCAAUGAUGAGAGCCCCAGCAACAACAGUGAGAACUCUGAUGACAACAGUGAGAACCCUGAAGACAAUAACAAGAAUGCCAAUGACAAUGAGAAUCCCAAUAACAAUAAUGAAAGUCUUGACGACAAUGAUGAGAAUGCUGAUGGUAACUGCAACAAGAACCUCAAUGGAAAUGAUGAGAGCCCUGAGGGUGGUAACCAGAACAACGAUGGCAACAACCAGGGCAGUGGUGAUAGUGACAAUGAAGGAGAUAUCGAGGGCAGUGAUGAUGAAGAUAAUGAUGGCAAUGAAGGUGACAAUGAGGGCAGUGAUGAUGAUGGCAAUGAAGGUGACAAUGAGGGCAGUGAUGAUGAUGAUGAUGGAGACAUUGAGGGCUAUGAGAAUGACUUUGCCGAUCCUGACCAGAAUCAAGAUAACAGCAACAACCAGAAUGACAAUGAGGAUGAGGUAGAGGACAUCUCAGAAGAAGAGUCAGAGGAAGAAGAAGAGGAGGGCAAUGAGGAAGGCAGUGAGCAAGAAGGGGAGGACAGCGAUGACGAGGCAGGAGGCAAAGACUCCGACAUAGGGGAGGUGCUUCAGGCCCAAAACUCGUGGGUCAACCUGGGGAAGUGGGGGAAACCAAGAUAAACGCCUUACCCUUGGUAGGAGGAGUCUCUGCAUACUCCUCCCCGUUCCCCUUUGCCUUCCCCCUCAGCUAGGGCCGUGCGGCCCCACAUUGCUCUUUUGAGGGGUGACCGACAUCGUACACAGGUGUAGUUUUUAUGGUUUAGUAAUUGCAGAGUUCUUAUUUUGAGGGGGGAGGGAAAGGGGGACUCCCCCUUCCAUCUGCCCCCUCCUCCCCCGUAGUAGGCUUCUGUGUGCUGCUAAACGUAUUUAUAGUGUUGCCUUUGUCGGGGCGUCUCAAUCUCCUCCUAGUCAGUGUUGGUCCCAGCGCCCUCCCCCACCGCGCGGUAUAUAGAGUGGACACUGAUCCAGAAGCGGGGAGGGCCAAUGUGGCCUUGGGGGGCUCUGCUGCCAUUCUGACCUCCCAAGCCCCUCUCUCCCGCUUCAUCCCUCUCCUCUCUUUGCCAUUCAGCUAGCCCGCCUUGAGCGCAAGGCCACUUCGCCAUUGCCGCAUUCCCGCACCCCUUCCCCCAGAAGCCCCGCCUCAUUCUCUGU